CAAAAUACGCGGAAGAGGAAUACUUUAAGCAUUGAUGAAAGGAUAAAAUCAAAAAAAAAUAGGUUAAAAAGAAUUAGAAAAUUAUUUGUCUCCUUAGACCCGAUCCUAUUUAAAGAGCUUAUGGCAAACAUUGAAAUGGACGAUCUUUUUGCGUCGAAGGAUGAAUCUUGUGGUUCGGAUAGCAAGUUAUUUACUACAUGUCAUCCAGGUUACAUGUAUUUUUUUAUAAUCACAUAUCUGCACUGUCUCAACAAGCAAAUAGAGAAAAAAUUAGAAAGUGAUGUAGGAUCGAAUUGGAGAGCCAACAACAUUUGGUAUGGUGUCUCUGUUGAUAAAAAACUAUUGGAUACUGUAUUCGGCUCAAUAAAAAAUCUGGAAAAAUCUUUCUUUGCAAGUGGAAUACUCAGGAAGGACGACGAACUUCGAAAAGCAAAAUUGUGUACCCGUGGUGAAGAAAUUCUACCAGCUCUCCAACACAAGUAUCAGCAUUUGGACUUUAGGUUGAAAUCAUACUUUGUUGUUGCACAGAUAUCUUCAAAGCAUAUUCAACUCAGUUUGCAUCAAGUGGUAAAACUGGCCUCACCCGGAGAAGAUCCAGCGUCCAUCAUUAUUCAGGAUGAGAUUAUACAUAUUCAUGGCGUAUAUGACAUACUUUGUAAGAGUAUCAUGAAGAGCAUACAAGUCAAUUGUCAAGUUGACUAUUGUACCACGCACAAGAGUCAGGAAGGUACACAAUAUGAUUUUCAGUCAUUAGAGAUAUAUAACAAUAUUUAUCGAAAUUUAAAACCAUGCGUUGUUGAACUUUUCGAAAAAAACAAAUCAAAUUUGGACAUGGAUUCCAAAAUACAGCUGGAUAUCAACACGAAAUGCGAUUGCAGUAUCAGUAUUUCUCUUUGUGACAUUAUUGAAGUAGGCCUUAUGUCAGUGAUAGAAAGUAUGACAACGGAUAUAUUGUCUUCUUUGACCAACAAAAGACUAUUUGGAAACUAUGUCCCAAAUUAUAUUUUUGUGUUUGGAGAUCCGUUCAAUCUGGCGCAGGGUUCAAAGAUCCACAUCGCAUACACCAUGAUUAUGCAAAAAGCGAUUGAUGACGGCGUAUAUAUUAAAGAGAAAGAUACAAAGAUAUUUGUACCAAGAGAAUCUAUUUUCCAAUUAUUGGAGACGUUUUUAUUGGGAAAAAAGCCUUACAUGUUUGAAAGGUUUGUCACUGGGACUUUGUGCCAAGUAUCAAGCAAUACAUACGGGAUACGGAUUUCAUAUUCAUACUGUUUGAUCCCUUUCACACGAAUAAACAGUGAUGGUGAUAUCAAAAAUACUAUUCCAGAUGAUGGCAGUUUUGUGAUAUCAUAUUAGAAAUUCUUGAAUUAGAAAGUUCAACCAGUACUGUUCCGGACAAGUAUACUCUAUUGCACGGCGACACUCCUGGUGUUACUCAUGAAAUAUUCUCCACUAAUUUGACGUAUGAUUGUAUAAGUACAUUUGUGGUAGAAUAUGAGCAGAUUAGCAAUAACUUAUCUAUCAAAUUAUCAAGAGGAUGUGUGGGCGAUAUCGAUGAUUAUAUUGAAAAACCUUAUUACGAAACCGAAAAUAUAAUCGAGCCAUUGACACUUGCUUAUAUUUAACCUAUCUGCUUCAAUAAAAUUAUAUAUUAUACACAACAAAUAAAAACCAUCUCUUAUUUGCG